AUGUCAGCAUCUCUGCCGCACAGGCCGGUACACUCUCGACGCCGGUCCGAAAUUGACCUAGAUGACUCGCCCUCAAGCUCCAAGAGAACUCGGGGAAGGAAUGAGAUUGAAAAUUACUGCUCCCCCUGUUUGCUCCUCUUUUCGAAAAAUGGUCUGCGGGCGCUCAACUCAACGUCCGGCCUUCAACACUCCACCUUCACGGAAACUUGCUCCGCUGCUACCAGUGGCUGCUUGCUCUGCCACUUCAUCUUGGCUAAGGUCAAGAGUGAUAAUGAUCACAAUUGGCACAAAGAUGAGACUCUUACCUUCCACAACCGCUCGUCUAUGAAAAACACCAAAGUUUCACCGCCAUGGAUUGACGUCCUGGAGGGCAGUCUUCCAUCUGGAAAAGUUAUCAUUACUGUACACCCAUACACAACGGAUGGAGAUCCUGCUGCCAGUCUCGUGUAUAGGAGACCUCUACGGAGAGACGUGAAGAGCCAAACUAGUUUUUCUGCUGCUUCGCGUCUGUACGAGGAGUGCAGUAAAGGCCAUGCGCAAUGCCGCUACGGCCGAGACAGUGCUCUACCAACCCGGGUUAUUGACGUCGGUACUGUCCAGUCACCCAUGUUGAAGCUAUUCAUCAACGAUGUUGAAGAGGAAGGCAAGUACGUCGCCUUGAGUUACUGCUGGGGCGGUGAACAAGACGGCAAACUCGUCAAAACCACUCUGAAACAGAUGACCGAGGAGAUCAGAAUGGUCGACUUGGAGCAGACAGUCAAGGAUGCGGUAGUAGCCACACGGAGACUUGGUUUCAGAUAUCUUUGGGUCGAUGCAUUCUGCAUCAUUCAGGACUGCGUCCAAGACAAGAAGAAGGAAAUUGGCGACAUGGCUCUGAUCUACAAGAAUGCCGCCGUCAUGAUUGCGGCUGGGACCGCGGUCCGGGCUCAAGAUGGGUUUCUUGGAAUGGAUCAGACGUACUUGCCCAAAGAUAAGUUUCGCGUUCCCAUAUCGGGCGCAUUGGGAACCAUUUAUCUUCGAAGUGGUACGCAUAUACCCAGACAUGCCAUAGAUGAGCGCGGGUGGGUUCUACAGGAGUUUUUGUUGUCGUCCAGGAUACUCUUCUUCUCGGAAUAUGAGCUUUUGUGGCAGUGUAAGGAGAUCGACUUGCGGGGUGUCACCAGUGAGGGCCUAGAGUAUUUGCAGCCACUGGACAGUCUGCCUUGGUUGGCGUUCAACGAUGAGGCUGGGUCAAUGUUUGGGGUCCAAGAGGAGGAGCAGAGAUACCUCUGGAUGACUGUGGUUGAGCAGUAUUCACAGCGCUUGUUGGGUGAAGCGGAUGACAGGCUGAACGCGCUGAAGGGUAUCACGCUGGAACUCGAAAGUUUGUGGCGAGACUCUAAUUUCUUUGGGUUAUGGAAAAGAUGGUUUAUCGAGCAGCUGACUUGGUCGAAGAAAGACUGCGACAAAGAUGGGGAUGCAGAAAAGAAGAAGUCGACCCGGGCGCCCAGCUGGUCAUGGGCUUCUUUGAACGGGCAGAUUCGUUACACUGGCUUGCUCACGACGAAGUAUGCCAAGGUCCGGAGUACGAAUCUCUUGGAGGAACGUACCUCGCCGCAUAAUGUGGUCUUGUCGUGCCGUGUCCUCACACUUGACGAUGUGGACCAGUCCAACUUUGAUGAGGAUGCAGAGUGGGUGACAGAUUACCCCGAUUUGCCCGACAUUUCGCAUGAGAUCGGGGAUAGAGAUCCUGAGUACUUGCUCCUUGGGAGAACGUCGUCUGAAAACGCCGAAAUGCUUAUUGCGCUUAUGGUAGUUGAAGAUGAAAUAUCCAGGGGCGUCUACCGUCGGGUCGGAUUGGCAACAUUUACAGAUAUGGAUAUCUGGAAAAGUACGACUUACAGGGACAUAAACUUGAGAUAG